AUGGGUAAUAAUUCGUCAUCAUCGUCUUCGAGUGGUGCAAUGUCAAACUCAAGCCAAGCUCAUAUAGAAGCUCAAGUUAGUUCUUAUCUUGACAAUGCCAAACAAGAAUUUGACGCAAAAUAUGCUCAACCAGCUAAACAAACAGCUAAAUUAGAUGAAUUUCAUUUACAACGAACUGUUGGUACGGGUUCCUUUGGUCGUGUUAUGAUUGUACAACAUAAUAGUCAAACAUUAGCAUUAAAAAUAAUGGAAAAACAAACAAUUGUUAAAUUAAAACAAGUUGAACAUACAUUAUCGGAAAAACGUAUUUUACAAGCAAUCAAAUUUCCGUUUCUCGUUAAUUUAAUUUAUUCAUUUAAAGAUAAUUCACAUCUUUAUUUAGCAUUAGAAUUUGCAAGUGGUGGAGAAAUGUUUACACAUCUUCGAACUGUUGGAAAAUAUCCUGAAGAUCAAACACGUUUUUAUGCUGCUCAAGUUGCAUUAGCAUUUGAAUAUUUACAUUAUUUGAGCAUUAUUUAUCGAGAUUUAAAACCUGAAAAUAUUUUAUUUGCUGCUGAUGGUUAUUUAAAAAUAACAGAUUUUGGUUUUGCUAAAGUUGUUCGUGAUCGUACAUAUACCUUAUGUGGAACACCUGAAUAUAUUGCUCCAGAAAUAAUUCUCUCUCGUGGUUAUAAUAAAAGUGUUGAUUAUUGGGCAUUAGGAAUAUUAAUAUUUGAAAUGGCUGCUGGUUAUCCACCAUUUUAUGCUGAUCAACCAAUACAAAUUUAUGAAAAAAUAGUUCAAGGAAAAUUUAAAUUUCCAUCACAUUUUUCAUCUGAUCUUAAAGAUUUAGUUCGUAAUUUAUUACAAGCUGAUUUAACAAAACGUUAUGGAAAUUUAAAAAAUGGUACAAGAGAUAUUAAAUAUCAUAAAUGGUUUACAGCUAUUAAUUGGAUUUCUAUUUUUGAAAAACGUGUUAAAGCACCACAUAUACCGAAACCAGAUAAAGAUCAUUAUGAAAAAUAUGAUGAAAAACCCAUGACACAUUCUGCGACAGAACUUUAUCCAGCUGAAUUUGACAGUUUCUAA